UUGAAUAAAAUAGUUGAAUUUCGUUCCAACACGAUAACAAUGAAAACGUAAUGAGUUGAUAAUAACAAGAUGACGUAGGAAUCUUAAUCAGUUUUUAUGGCUUCAUCUCUUUCUCUCAUAGUGGUGGGCCUGACCGGCAAAUGGUUAUCACGUUAUCAUACCACAUUGGGGCUCCUGCACUGCAACAAUUAUGUCGUACUUGCAAAGAUUAAAUAGAAUUUGUGACUUGAGCUUGAAGAAUUCAAGAUGGAUAAGUAAAGCCCAAACAAAAGCUGAUGUAAAAUUACGGCAAAUUGAUAAGGUUCUAAUUGCUAACCGCGGUGAAAUAGCAUGCCGGGUUAUGCGUACAGCUAGGAAAUUGGGUAUCCGAACUGUAGCUGUGUAUUCUGAUGCAGACAAAAAUGCUAUCCAUGUGGAAAUGGCAGAUGAAGCAUACAACAUAGGCCCGGCUUCUGUUACUCAAAGUUACCUAAACAAAAACAAAAUUCUUGAAGUAGCCAAGAAAUCGCGCAGCCAAGCCAUUCAUCCUGGAUAUGGAUUCCUCUCUGAAAAUGUUGAAUUCUGUGAGCAGUGUGCCUCUGAAGAUAUCAUAUUUAUUGGACCCCCCACUUCAGCCAUUAGAGAUAUGGGUAUAAAAAGUACUUCCAAAGCCAUUAUGUCCAGUGCAGGAGUACCUAUAGUGAAAGGAUAUCACGGUGAAGACCAAAGCAUAGAAAGACUGCAAGCGGAAGCACAGAGGAUAGGUUUUCCAAUAAUGAUCAAAGCUGUCCGUGGUGGUGGUGGCAAAGGUAUGCGGAUAGCAAUGACAGAAUCGGAAUUUCUGCAGCAGUUAGAAUCGGCUAAAAGAGAAUCUCUCAAAUCAUUUGGUGAUGACAAUAUGUUGCUGGAGCAAUAUAUCACUGACCCUAGACAUGUUGAAGUGCAAGUAUUCGCCGAUAUGCACGGUAACGCAGUCCAUCUCUUCGAACGAGAUUGUUCAGUUCAGAGAAGACAUCAGAAAAUCAUUGAAGAGGCACCCGCGCCGGGUCUGUCGGAGGCGACUCGCACGGCACUGGGCGAGGCGGCGGUGCGCGCCGCGCUGGCCGUGGGCUACGUGGGCGCGGGCACCGUGGAGUUCAUCCUGCACCGCGCCACGCACGACUUCCACUUCAUGGAGAUGAACACCCGUCUGCAGGUCGAGCACCCGAUCACUGAGAUGAUCACUGGUACGGAUCUCGUGGAAUGGCAGCUCCGUGUAGCGGCAGGCGAGCCGCUGCCUCUAACACAGGCGGAAGUGACGCGGCGCGGACACGCCGUCGAGUGCCGCGUGUACGCCGAGGAGCCCAGCGCGGGCUUCCUGCCGCGCGCGGGUACGCUGCACCGCCUCGUGCAGCCGACCCCCGAGCAACACUGCCGGGUAGAAACAGGUGUGCGAGAAGGCGCCGAGGUGUCGGUGCACUACGACCCCAUGAUAGCCAAGCUUGUGGUGUGGGGCCGCAACCGCACUGAGGCGCUCGCCAAGACCAGGGCCAAGCUCGCCGAGUAUCAGGUGGCGGGUCUGGAGACGAACGUGAACUUCCUACUGCGGCUGGCGGGCGACCCGGCGUUCGUGGCGGGCGACGUGCACACUGCCUUCAUCCCGGAGCACGAGGCGCGCCUGUUCGCCGCGCCCGCGCCCGCGCGGCUCGCGGCCGCGGCCCGCAGUGCCGCGCUCGGCCAUUUGCUUUUGUCGCAAAAAGCAAGUACAAGUGAAUCAAAGAAUGGAAUUGACGUCGCGCCGAGUGCGUGGCGACCGAACUAUCAACUUCGCAAAACAAUUUCUCUGAAACUGGACGGCAAAGAUAUCACAGUAGCGGUAGAACAUGUAGGGCCGAGACUGUACCGGGUGAAAGUGGGAGACGGGGAGUGGCAGGAGGCGGAGGCCUGGCUCAGCGAGGAGGAGCGCGGCGCUCGGCUCACCACCGUCGCGGGCGGCCAGCGCGCCACCGUCGGCCUGCUGGCCUUCGAGGACCAGCUCCACGUCUACGAUGAGGAGGGUCAAACGAUAGCCUUGCUCCCGCGGGCCAAGUUCGGCGGCGCCGGGGCCUCGGAGGCGGCGUCGGGCAGCGCCUGCUCGCCCACGCCCGGCGUGCUGGAGCGAAUACUAGUCAACCCUGGCGACAAGGUGGUGAAAGGGCAGCCGCUGUUCGUGGUGAUCGCCAUGAAGAUGGAGUACGUGGUACGGGCGAGCCGCGACGGCGUGGUGGCGGGGCUGGCGGCCGCGCGGCCCGGCGACGCCGUCGGCAAGGGCGCCGAGGUCGUGCUGCUCGAGCCCGACACCGCCGGCAACUGAACCACCUGCCCUUCACAAGCUACGUCUGCAUAUCCUAACUAGCUAUAUAUCGCACUUCUGUAGUGGCUCGACAGACCCAGACUGCGUUUCGGUCGCCACGUAGCAUCAACGAUUGCCACUUCGACUUAGGACCAGUUGCAUCAACCACAGUUAACAGACACAUCAACGUCACGCAGCAGAAGUGUAUCGAAAAUCCCAUACAAUAAAAAAAUCCGAACGCCGAAUCGAGGACAGACGGUUCGGUGCAACCGACCCUAAGCCGGCCUGGCCUCUAGCUAAACGUACCACCCGACACUCCGUGGCGAACGAUAAGCAACUGGCUCCGUCGAGCUAAUACGGAAGACCCAUAGAGAGUACGAUACGGAGCGUCACCGAUUGCACUCUUUGUUAGAGGGCCU